AUGGUGAAAAAAUUAUAUGGUGAUGAUAGUAAUUUUGGAUGGGAUAAUGGAUUUAAUGAUUGGAAAAAUGGAUUUGAUCGCAUAAGAUCACAUGAGAAUUCAUCAGAACAUAAAACAAAUAUACCAAAGGGAAUACCAUCAUAUCUAUCGAAAAAUAUUUAUGAAGAAGUUAUUAUUAAAAUACACAAAUCUUUAACAAAUGUUAUCUUAGCAGAACUUAAAAGGGGAAAAUAUUACUCCAUUAUUGUUGACUCCACCCCUGAUAUUUCUCAUGUGGAUCAAUUAGUAUUUGCUAUCCGGUAUGUGUGUCUAAAUGGUGAACCUGUUGAACAAUUUUUGUUGUUUAUGUUAAAUAUUGGACAUAAAUCUAAGGAGCUAAAAGAUGCAGUUGUAAGAAUACUUUCUGAUUAUGAAAUUACAAUAGAAAAUUGCCGUGGUCAAAGUUAUGACAACACUUUCAGUAUAUCUGGCCCAUAUACAGGUUUACAAGCCAGAAUAAAGGAAUUAAAUCCCAAUGCUGAAUAUUAUAUUCCUUGA